ACAAGAGAGUACCGCCAGGAAGGAAGCCUGCAAGUUCCAUAUCGUCGCUGGUUACCAACUGGCAUCAUCAUCAGCUCGGAGAAAUCAGAUUUGGCGCUCGGGUGCUCUGCUGUUUCGCGGACAUGGCCAAGAAAGGGAUCCAGUAUGUCGUGGUGGAUGCCUUCACGGCCGAGCCGUUCAAGGGCCACCCGGCCGCGGUGUGUUUCCUCGAGGACGACGCCGCCGCCCCCACGGGGGACGGGCGGUGGAUGCAGUCCGUCGCCGUCGAGUUCAACCAGUCCCAGACCGCCUUCCUCUCCCGCGACUCCUCCUCCCUCGCAGCCGGCGCCGCCAUCCCGCGGUUCCACCUCCGCUGGUUCACCACCGUCACCGAGGUCGCGCUCUGCGGGCACGCGACGCUGGCAACAGCCCACUUCCUCUUCACGGCCGUCCUCGGUGAGCGCCAUGGAGUGGUCGAGUUUGCGACCAAGUGCGGCAUCCUGACCGCCAAGAAGGUUCCUGCACCCGAGACGGAGGAGCAGGGGAAGCUGUUCAUUGAGCUGAACUUCCCCAUGAGUGAUUACGUGGGUUGCGACACCGCCGACGAGCUGCCUUCCAUCCCGGAGACGCUCAACGGCGCGUCCGUCGUCAGUGUUCACAAAUCGUUGACCACCACCGACUUCAUUUAUAACCAAAAGAUGUGGCACGGCCUUCAGGUCGAACUUUCAUCAGGGAAAGAGGUCGCCGAUCUCCUUCCUAACAUCGAAGAAAUUGGAAAAUGUGCAGGCAGAGGCGUGAUUGUGACAGGGCCGGCACCUCCUGGGUCGGGUUACGACUUCUUCUCACGUUUCUUCUGCCCAAAAUUUGGGAUUGAUGAGGAUCCUGUAUGUGGCAGUGCACAUUGUGUUUUGGCACCCUAUUGGGGUGAAAAGCUGGGGAAACAAAAAUUGAUAGCGUUUCAGGCAUCUCCAAGGAGUGGAACACUAUAUCUGGAGCUGGAUGUUGCAAAUAAGAGAGUGCUGAUUCAGGGAGAAGCUGUUACCAUCAUGAGUGGGACACUCUUCGCGUAGCUAGCAUACUGACAUCUACUCAAGGCACAACCAUUUGUGGACUUGAACUAUGAACUAUGGCGAGAUGGUUAUAUUUGCUGCAAUGUGCUGGUCUAACACUGAGUCGACCAGUUUAUGGGAAUAAAAAGGUUUUAGCAUUGUAACAAGGUCAGGCAGAA